AACGCUCACCUGGCAGCUGCGGCCAAUAGGAAAGCCCCGCGGCGGCAGGGUCCCCGGGGAUUGGCGGAAUGUGGUGUCCCCGCCGGGAUGAAGGAGACGUAGAGCAGAGCCAAUGAGGGAGCUGAACCCCGACCUCGCGGGUUGUGAUUGGUCGUGCGGUUGCAGUGAUGAGAUUGGAUUGAAGAUGGAGGCUUCAACCUCUGGUUCCAAGCUCCCGAGCCCCAAGCUGUCCGUUCACAAGGCAGCAUUUGAGAACCUGCACAGGCAGCAGCAGGAUGAACUGUUCUGUGAUGCCAUCUUGUACGUAGAAGGUGAAGGGAUCCCGGUCCAUCGCUGUGUGCUUGCUGCUUUCAGCCCCUUCUUCCUCCAGCAAUUUUCCAUGCGUGACGCCCACCCCCAGAAGGUGACCUUGGAGCUGCCAGGGCUGAGGGCAGCCACCCUGAAGGCCUUGCUGCGGUUCAUGUACACGGAGCAGAUCCAGCUGCCCCGCAAUGAGACUACAGAGGGAUUCCUGCAGAUGGCGCGGAGGCUGGGAGUCCUCGGUUUCACUGGGAGGAGGGGGACGCCGCCUGCUGCCGAGCCUCCGGGAUCCCACGUUCCUCAAGGGGAGAGUUUGCCCCGUGCACCACCCAAAGCUGCAGUGCUGUCUGGGCAGGGACCGAGCCCGAGUGAAAAAACCCGGGGGUCCGUGACUGAUUCAAGACCUAAAGCCCCCUCUGUCUCCUCCUCCUCCUCUCUGCUCCAGAGGUCAAGGGGCAAUAGAUCUGAAACCCCAGCAAACACACCCCCCUCGAACCUGGUCACCAGCUGGCGGAGGAUGAGGGUCAGCCGUCCCACGCCCGCCCAGACAGCCAAUGCGGGCUCUGUCUCCGGGGCGACUCCCUGCCCCCGGCGACAGUGGAGGCAGAGGCGGGGGCGGUCUGUUGGUGAUCCCGCUCCCCCAGCAGGGGCUGUGACUGACCAACCACCUCGCCUGCCUGCCAGGGCCCCCACAUCCCCGACCAAUCAGCCCACCAGGUUCCAUCUCCCCGGGUCCCACCCGGGUGGGGACGGCCCAUCAGGACCAGGCGGCCCCGAGCCAGCAGGAGUCACGGCAGCGCAGGCAGAUCAGGGGUCAGCCAGGCAGGAGGAGAGCGAGCCAGCCAAGAGCCCGGGCUCAGACCUUGGGGGAGGCCUGGGACCCGUCAAGUUGCCCAGGGAAUCAAUGUCCAGUUCUGUUCCAGCUGGGCAUUUGGACCAGACAGGCCAAAGCCUCGCCCUGCGGGAGAGGCACGAAGUGUCGCCAAAGAGAGGACCCAGUCCGAGUCACUGCCAGCAACCUACAGCAGCCAAGGAUACUCAGCAGGAACUCUGCAGCCCAGCCUGGCCUGAGCAGACGUGCCAAGUGGUCAGCAGCCCAGCCAGGAGGAAAGCAGGGGAGGGCAUUGGACUGGUCUCGGAGCCCGGACUUCCCCAUCCCACCGCUCUUCCCAAGGGGAUAGGCACGGACAAGGAGGAGAGCACCACUGCCCGAGUGGGAAAGAGGUCAAGCUGCCGGGGCACCGCCCCCGAGAGACCUCCAGGCAUUACCAAGUUCAAGCUGCAGAAGCUGACUCACUCCAGUGAAUGGGUCGUCAUUCCCAUUCCAGAAAGCCAGGACCCGGGACAGGCUAGAGGCCAGAAUGUUGGUGCAGGAGAUGGUGGAUGGAUCUGGACAGCAGGGGGGCUGCAGCCUCCCACAGGGAAUCGAGGGGAAGGGAAGGGAAGGAGAGUGGCAAGAAGGAAAUCAUUAAUCAAUCUUACUCAUCCUGUGACUGGCUUGGACAAAAAUGGCCAGAGGCUGGAGGGCCUAGGGGGAGGCCAGAGGCUGGAGGGCCUGGGAGUUGAGCAGAGGCCCCAAGAAGUAGACAUUUCCCAGAGGUCGGGAUUUAACCAGAGAGUGGCAGUUCACCAGACGCUAGGAGGACUGGUCCAGGAUGAGGUGGUGGGCCCUAGUGAAUGUAGCCCAGUUUGUAAUUCCCCCUCUGGCCCAGAACAGACGUGGCCCACCACUGCCACAAUGUUCCCUUGGGAGACCCGAGUCCAGGGAGCCCCUGACCGACCAGAUCAGUGUGGCCUUGCACUGCCGCAGAUCACUGGUCAAGAUGGUGCCAGCCCCACCACUGGUGAAUGGGGUUUUGCCCGGCUUUGUGCCGGGGCUCAGGACGGUAUCAGCACCUCAGCUGACCUGUGGGAAAGUGCCAGGUGGCAGUUUGGAGGUCAGCAUCGGACGGCUGAGGAACCUAUGGUGUCUUCCCCUUCGUCGGAGGGUGAGGAGGUGGACGUCGGUGACAGCAGAGACGUAGGGCUGUUGCCCCUAGUUACAGUGAGGCCUGAUGCCUCACCUCCCCCCUCUACUCCCCUGGGCUGUACUGAGAUCGAUGUUGUCGGGUGAAGUUGUGCAGAACAAUAAAGAUCCAUUUCUUCUUGAAA